ACCACAUAAUUUUUUAAUAUUUGUUAAAAUUAUUCGUCUUCAGAUCACCAUCCAUUUGUUUCUUUCGAUUCCUAGAAAAAGAACAAAUUUUCCAAGCUAUCCGUCAUAUUUUUUCAUAUUAUUUUGGUACAUUUCAGGAGUUUUUACUCUCGAGACCACCUCCACUAGUCUGCUGUGCAUGGCGAGACUGCGCAGUCAAGUGGCAGUUGCAAAGUGAAGCACGUGAUGAAUCACAACAUUCGUAGAACAGCUGAUUAUAGUGUUGUAUACAAGUUCCUAAAGCUCUUAGAGUGAAAUUCCGGUUGAAAAAUGGUGACUGCAGAUACGGAAAUAAGAAAACUGACGAUUAGUGAGUUGAGUUCCCUAGCCAGGGCACUCAGUCCUGACUCAUGGAAAAUUCUCAUGGCGAGUAUAAAAAUACCAGGAUCUAAGGAUAUUCCCCGUUUUACGAGUGAAGAUGUCAGAUUAAUCGAAGAAGCUGGGAAGAACCAACAACGUCCAGCCGCUGAAGUGUUCUUGGCGGAGUGGUGUACUAUGGGAAAAACUAGACCGACUGUGGGUUCAAUGAUUCAACUGUUGGUUGAGACGAAUCUACUAAGGGCAGCCGAUUACCUAGCAGUGGAUGUUUUAAAAGGAGAUCCUGCAGAACGUCCCCAAGAAGGUCCAGCAGCUGCAGUGGACCUCUCAAAAUUACUCGAGGAAAUGAAUCCCCCAGAGUCUAAUUCUCCUACAAACGAAGAGGGAUCACAGUUCUGGAACAGAUCAACAGCAGAAGCUGACGCCAAUAACGUAAAUUACCCUGAGGGAGGUGUUGGUAUUAUCGAAAUGAAUUUCGUUGAAGGGCAGAACAAAAACGUCCAAGACUUUCCUGAGAGGAAUCCCCACGAAGUUUCAGACUUGAUGAAAUUCUCGAAGAGCACCGAUGGAACUGAAGACGAAAGAAGUGACUUGAUAAAAUUCAGUUCGAAUAUAAAGGAAGAUGAAAAAUUGAGGGGUAGUGAGGAUAUUGUUGAGGUAACAAAUCUUCUACCGAGUAUCUCACUCUUGGGCAUCAAGCCCUCGCAAAAUAAUGGAGACAACAGUGGCAGUAAUUUUUACACUCAAACGACUUCGUCAGUUGAUUCUUCCGAAGCGACGAUUUCAAGGACAGACGCCCAAACACUCUCGAUGCAGUCUAGUGAUUUCAAUCUGCCUGCUAUGUCUGAGAUCCUCCCAGACGAUUUGAAAUCAGAGAAUGACGAGUCUGGAGAGGACCAACAGGAAGCCGAUCCUUCAGUAAUUUCAGGAAAUGUUCAAGACCUACCUGUGACAGUUCUAGAAUUUUUCAAACGAUGAUUGUCAGCGAUUUUCAAACGUUAUUCGUGUGAAAUGUCAUUUUUUACUCCAUUUCAAAAAUUGAUUGUCAAAUAAGAGCGAAUGGACAACAUUUGUGGGAUAUACAGGUUCUAGGAGAGGGAAAAUUAUCCAUGGGUGUGUGACGUUUGGGAUUUAAGAGGUUUCCUUGUUGGUUCCUGUAAAAUCCUCGAGAAUGGGCAUAUUGGAAGGGUUCAAUUUUCCAAAUAACCGACGAUUCUUCUAAUAAUUGAAUGAUGAGAAUACACUGUUAGGAAAAAAUGAAAUUUCAUGGACAGUUGACUACUAAUUUUUAGGACAACAAGCGCGAGUCAUAAGCUCGCGUUGAUUACGUCCCUGCCCUUCGUACACACCGCCCGUCGCUACUACCGAUUGAAUGAUUUAGUGAGGUCUUCGGACUGGUGCGCCGCAAUGUUACGGCAAUGCCAAUGUUGCUGGGAAGAUGACAAAGCUUGAUCAUUUAGAGGAAGUAAAAGUCGUAACAAGCCUUGACUCAAGACAAUUAAACGAGUUCCUUUUGAAAGUCGUACUGCUGUCUCGCUGAUGAUGCUCAGUGUUAACACUUUCUUAGAGUUGAAAAUAUUGAAAUAAUAUUCAAUCCAACGCAUAUUGGUGACGACACACGUCACAGAUGAAUGUAUUAUAUCUCAAUCAAAUACUCCUUGUUUUUAUAUAAAUUUCUAUAUUUUAUAUGAUAAAUAUUUUUUACGAUAGAAUAUAUAAUGUAAAACAACUAAGUUUCAAGUGAAAGAUGCAACAAAAUACUUAGUAAAAAUUAUUUACAAGCCACAUAGAUAUGCUCACAUCCAACACUUAAGCUUAACAAAACAUCACAAUAUCCAAAGAUAAAUUGAAAAAUAAAUGCCAUGGAUUUGACUCGUACAAUUACUGGAAUGGAUAUUCUUAUAAAUGUCAUUAAACAUUGAACGACUUAGCUGGUGAUGGCGAAUAUCAAACAUCGUGAAUAAUAAAGAGGUCUAUCUACUUAUUUUGAUUACAAAUCCUCUUGCAAUUGACUAUUAUUUUUACGAUUAACUAUCGUUGGUCUGUUUCAUUGCAAAGUAUGCACUUUGGAGUUCUUUUAAAUUGCCCUCGAGGGUUGCUACCUCGUCAUAUUUACACUCAGCCCGUGCCUGCUUUAUGUAGGACCGUAGAUUGUUCAUUUGCUCGAUAAUUGGGUCCAUUGUACUUGAGGGGAGCAUUGCGACUGCACUCGAUGGCCCCCAGCCAUCAGAUUUUUCCAUUAUUGGCUGUUGAAUACACAUAUUUUCAUCAAUUGACCAAUUAAUAAAUUCAUAGUGAAGAGUAAGUAAUUAAUAAUCAAUAAAUGAAUAGAGUUUUCGGCCCUGAA